AUGUUCAGGAACCAACGGACAGACACGCAAUAUGUUUCUAUCGCGCUCUCGGACGCGUCGACGUCCAAGUUGGUCGCCGACCGAAACUCCCAGUUUGAUGGUUUGCAGCCGCGUCCGGUUGCUGAAUCGAGAUGGGGAAUCGGCUGGAGGACCUUGACUUCAAUCAUCUUCUUCUAUGUCUUGGCACUCCUCAUCGCCAUUGCGCAUUUGGUUCUAUAUCUCAAGUUGAAUGGACGCCUCACCCAUGGGGACGGCCUCCCUUCCCAAACCUACAUUGCAUCGGUUUCAACGUUUUUUGUCAACGCCUUUGGGGCUAGUCUAGUGGUUGCUCUAGGCUUUGCCUUUACGCAGUGUCUAUGGCGCCUGUAUCGCACCCAGCCCAUGACUGUCAGGAACGUUGAAACCCUUUACUGCCUCCGAUGGAGUCCCUCACUUCUCCUGGACUGGAAGGCUUGGGCCGCGGCACCCUUCAUGUGCCUGCUGGCCUCAACCAUGCUCUUCCUAGCCAUCGCCAGGAUCUUUCCCCCCGGUGCUCUCACUGUUGUACCAAGAGACCUGGUGAACAGCACUGAUCGAGCCGUCCCUACCUUCAAGUCAGACUUUGUGGGCAACACCUCUCGUGUUGAUUCGGCAGCACAUGCUCUUGGUUCCUAUACUGUUACCACUUCAAUAUGGAGAUACGUUGCUCCGCACUCUAUUUUGAGAAGGAUUGCUUAUGCCUCCCUCUCUACGGGUGAAGUCUUGCCGUCUCAGUCUCCGUGCGGACCAAACUGCACCUACCAUCUGGUCUUCGAGGGUCCCUACUUUAAAUGCGAGAACUAUACCAACAUAAUCUCGGAGGCGAACUAUGCGUCUUUCGAAGGGUAUCCUAUAUACAAGUACUUCUCGGCUGGCUACGUUCCCGACACCAGAGCCAAUCCGCCACCUCGACUUGUGAGCGACAAUGCAAAGAACCCCGAGAAAUCAGUUGUCGCAUUUCCCGACUUCACUAUGAAUUUGACAUUACCCAUAGGCAAAGAUAGCGACGAUUCUCUCAACCUUGUAUCAAAAACUCAUCAUCUCAAGUGUCAGUCCGCGGCAGUGACCUACGAACUCGACGUGAAAUUCAGAAAUGGAAUUCGAUCGCUCUCUUAUUCCCUGCGGGAUGAUGUUCGCCUGGUCUCGAGCUUAUACACACCAUAUGUCGUGCCCCCGGGCCUGUUCAAUGAAACCUACCUCGCAGCUGACUGGUCCAAAAAAGAGCUUGGCAAUUUCAGAGUCAUGAACUUGCUCGCUCUAACGGAUUCUGUGGCCAAGGCUAUCGGGGGUAUAUACCCCAUGGUUUCAAGCUUUGACAGCAGCGACGACACCGAGGAGAGCAUCAAACUAACGAAUGGAACCAAGCUAAAGUACAGGCCAUCAAACAAACAGUUUAGACUCAACUAUUAUGGCAUUCUUGAGCCCAAUGGGACGAUCGCUGCCAAUACCUUCUUUAACAAGAACCGUGACAAAUUCGACGAACUGUCUGCAGAUCCUGACUUUGAAGUAUCUGCAGAGAUGCUCAACGAUGCAUUGGUUAACGUCACAAUCUCGGCUCUCCACGCUUUCCAGUGGUGGAACACAACGGCCAACGUCACCAUGUCAACGUCACGCAACUUCUACUCCUUCUCCAACCCUCUCAACUUCUACGUCCCCUACGGCGUCGCACUUCUCGUGGUCCUGCCCUUCCUGAUCUGGGGUAUCAUCGCCCUGAAACAGAACGGCGUCUCGGCUAUGGAGGGCAGCUUCUUGCAGGCGGUCAUGACGACGACGGCGAGCCAGAGGCUCAAUGAGGCUGCUGCCGCGGGGUGUCUGGGUGGCGAGGGAAAUAUUCCGGGUCACCUCAAGGAGAGACGGGUCUUGUUUGGGGAGCUCGUCGGUUACGGUCAGGGUGAGCCCGUCAAACGAGCUGGCUUUGGGUUUGAAGAUGAGGUAGUGCCACUGAGGAAAGGUGCCCGUUAUGGUGCCGAAGUGAAGUGA